AUGCCGAGUGAAAAAGAAAGUCAACAUGAGCGAACCUCACUUGGAGUCUAUCCCGUCAAUACGCGCCCAGGCUCCGAAAAGUCCUUCUCACUUUGGCACACCUGGCUAGAACGCUGUAGUUCAGAGCACGCGUGUACCAUUCAUGAUCUACCUGAAUCUUCACCUCGACGGCUUCUAGAGAUAAGAAAGGCGUCAGGCAUCCCCGAGUUGAUAAGACUUGUGGAGAGCGAAAACCUACGCAGACCUUAUGUCGCGCUGUCAUAUUGUUGGGGCCCGAAAUCGCAGAAAAUACUCUUGAACGCGGCUACCCUGAACGGCCUACGGCAUGGUAAACCGCUGAUCGAAUUUGAUCCGACAAUUCGAGACGCAGUACAUACCGCCGAGCAAAUGGGCUUCUCCUAUAUCUGGAUUGAUGCUUUGUGCAUCAUGCAGGAUAGCAGCGACGACAAGGCAGAAGAAAUCGCCAGGAUGACGACGAUAUACUCAAAUGCAGCGCUGACGAUAGUGGCGUCGCGUGCCUCGUCCGUCGCCGAGGGGUUCUUGACCGAUCGAACUCCACUUGGAGCAGAGAGGCGACAUUACGUGUUCGAGAUCCCACUCUCUCGACAAGACAAAAAACAGUCAGAAGGAAGUCUGAUUCUAGUCCCACCUCUUGAAGAGCAGCUAUCGGGAGGGGUUCGAUACUACAACGAGGUACCUGAGCCUUGGGAUCUUAGAGCCUGGACACUACAGGAACGACUACUCUCCCGCCGUACCCUCAAAUUCGGGAAGCUGCAGACGAGUUGGAUUUGCCAGGACGAUGUCACAGACAAUGUGACCAAGGAGCACGUUGGCACACUCAUCAGAAGCGUUGAGUCCAGUCUUCCAAGUGAUCCCGACGCAGUAGAAAGCAUGUCUGCACUAGAGAGACGAGCAGCUUGUCUAAAAGACUGGUAUAGACUGAUCAAUAUGGCAACGGCACGUUCACUCGCCUUCAACGUUGGUCGUUUGCCAGUCGUUGCAGGGAUCGCCGAGAUAUUUGCCUCUCACUUACAAGAUGAAUAUAUGUGUGGGAAUUGGAGGUCCAACCUGCCCUUGGAGUUGCUCUGGAUGGCCGUUUCUAACCAAGGACGCUCGAGUAGUUACAUUGGACCAUCUUGGAGCUGGGCUGGCUUCAACGGAAUAGUUGGUAGCAAUUUUGUGGCCAAACUGUAUCCUGGAGCAUUAGCAGACGCGGAUAUUGCAAUUCUAGACUUCCGAGCUCAGCACACUCAUCCAGAAUCUCCGUAUGGAGCCGCCGAAUCUGGUCUGCUCAAAGUGCUUGGGUAUCUUGCUCGUGUCAACACGAAAGUGUUAUUGGAUCAGGAGUACGGGGCAAAGAAGAUCAAUUCGUGGGCUGAACCGUCAAUUUAUGACCCUGAGCACCUACCGCGAGAGUCACUCAGCCCGCUCUUCGACUACUCCGACGAGAUGUAUCCUGAUAUAGAGACGGGGGAAUUCCCCGAAUACCCUCGGCCCGUUUGUCUACUGGUCGUGGCGCAUGCUGAGCGUGACCCGGCUGGCUUAAUACUGCUGCAGGGUAAGACGACUAAUGAUCCCUACACGCGGCUGGGACUUUUCAGAGCAACCCGUAGUUAUCUGUCGCGGAGGUCAGAAGAAGAGAGUGAUCAUGGAUUUGAAAUUCGGCGAAGGACAUUGUUGAAGAGAUUUUGGGGGAAGUUGGAGCCGCAGGACUUGUGGCUCGCCUAA